ACACAACACAACACACUCCCAUGAAUUAAUGGAUUCAAACGACAUCGUUGCGCCUUUCGUCCUCAAAACUUACCAGAUGGUCAACGACCCGUCUCUCGACGCUUUCAUCCGGUGGGGACCCGGUAACAACAGCUUUGUUGUCGUCGAACCGCUCGAGUUUUCGCAACGCUUGUUGCCGGCCUACUUCAAACACAGCAAUUUCUCGAGCUUCGUUCGUCAGUUAAACACAUAUGGUUUCAGAAAGGUGGAUCCGGAUCGUUGGGAGUUCGCAAGCGAGUGGUUUCUAAGAGGCCAAACACAACUACUAAAGAACAUAGGUCGAAAACGCCAGACUCAAACUCGAAACUCAACCCGAAUCGACGAAGACGAAGAACAAGACGAUAUGGCUACCGAAAUUGCAAGGCUAAAAGAGGACCAAAAGGCUCUAGAACAAGAACUAGUUGGAAUGAACAAAAGGCUUGAAGCAACCGAACGCCGGCCGGAGCAAAUGAUGGCGUUAUUGAAUAAAGUAGCCGAGGAUCCUGAGAUCCUGCCACGUAUGAUCGUUGAUCAAAAUCAACGGUCAAAACGGUUGGCGGAUAGAAAGCGGCAACGGAUUUUAAAUCCUCUGUUGUCGUCGUCACCAGAGGAUACACCCUGCAUGUCGUGGCCGCCUAGUACGGCCACGAACGACGGACAUGCUGUUAAUUCCGGUGGAUACUCACCGGAGCCGGAGGUUAGACCGGCUCCUGAGUAUCCGUUUUCACUAUUGGGUGGCGGUUUUUAGCUACAGUUUAUUUAGUUAUUGCUGGUACUAUAAAUGGUUAGGUGGUUGCAAUAUAUUUUUUUUUAAUCCGUUUUUGUAAUUCCGAAAAAAAUCACAAAGUUUAUUCUUACUUUGUUCAAAUUAUCAAAUUUAAAAUUUAUAUAUCCUUGUGUAAAAUGCCGUAUUU